AUGACUACUUACCAGCCAAAAUACCAAGGCACUUUAAAGAUACUUGCUCAUGACGGGCUCGAGCUUGUAGGUUACUCCCGUAAUUCUCCAACAGACAAUAGUACAGCAAAUACAACUCGAUUACUACAGUUGAUGGUUGAUAAUCUAAAGGAACGUUCAUUCGCUUCAAGAGUUUACGUAUCAUCGUCAAGUUGGGCGUCUACGCCCUUUGCAAAGCGUGAUAGUAAAGCUAAUGAUGGAAUAAUGAGUAACUUAAAAAGCAUUAAUGACAAUACACAAGACCUACUUGAAUACUUAAACGCCUGCGACCAUGAUAUAUGUCUAAUAUCUAUCGACUUUGCUAGUCUUACGACAAGAAGCGGUGAUUUAUUGAAGCUUAUAGAAGACAAUCUUGCAAUCAAGAAAAUUGCUACAGAAACUCUUACAGUCAACAAUGGAUUGUUUAUUAUUGAUGUUCAAGAUUUAAAAGAAAACCAAAGAAUGCUAAACCGAUUUGACAAUCGAAGUGUAUUUAUUAAUAGGCCAAAAUAAACUCGGACGUUGACGAAGACGAGACAAAGAAUGUGGCAAUAGACUUUCCAAGCCAUGCUUUAUUUUCUGUAAUAAAAUUUUCUAUUGUCUAUUUUUUUAUUCCUUUCUAUAUCGUGUUAUUUUUUAUGUGGAUUUUUGGGUGUGGAA